AUGGAGGAUGCUAGUGUUCAGACAAACAAUGUUUGGACUGAUAAGUACUUUGCCAUUGCUAUGGGGGCAAUCAUCGUCUUGUUCAGUCUUUUUCAUUGGGGCAGUCUAGCAUUUUCAAGAUAUGGACCACAGGUGCCUGGAAAGAAGCUGGGUCAGACUAUCGCCAGACGCAUGGGCUGGAUCUCCGUGGCAAACUUUGUCUUGCUAGUCUUCCUUGCCCUCCGAAACACCCCAAUAGCGCCCUUGUCCGGUCAGUCCUACGAGAAGCUACGCCCCCUCCACAAAAUUGCUGGGUACACCUGCAUAGUCAGCAGUGUCACACAUGGAAUCCUUUUUCUCAAAGAGAGCGCAGAGAUUGGAUACCUUGAGUUGAUGAGCGAACGAGAGAAUCUUUCAGGCGCACUGGCGGGCUUAUCGAUGGUGAUUAUCGGUCUCUCCACAAUAAGCUGGUUUGCUAGUCGAUACUACGAAGCAUUUUAUAUUAUCCACGUCGUUUUGUUCAUCCUCAUUGUGAUUCUUGUCGGAAUGCACCGCCCCGAAAUUACCACAUCUACACUGGCCAUUGUCAUCUUCAUAGCCUGCAUCUGGCUUUUGGACCGAUCCCUACGAGCAUCAAGAUUUGUGUGGAAUUUCUUCGGGAAUUAUGCCACUCUUACUCCGAUGCAAGAUGGCGCGGUUCGAGUCAAGCUCCAACGUGGUAUCCGCUGUUCUCCCGGAUCUCAUGCAUUUAUAUGGAUGCCAUCCAUCCGCUUUUUGGAAACCCACCCCUUUACGAUGAUAUCCGCGGACCCUGUUGAGCUUCUCGUCCGUCAAUAUGACGGGUACACCCAUGAACUAUAUAAAUUCGCUCACGAGCAACCUGGCAGAACUGUGCGUUGCUCCAUGGAUGGAGGAUAUGGGCAAGUUCCGAAUUUCAUGAACUUUGAUAAAAUAAUCCUCGUUGCGGGUGGUAGUGGUGCCACUUUCACCAUUGCGAUUGCGAUUGACUUGUUAAGUCGUUGUGCUGCUGCAAAUGUGACCAAGCAGAUUGAUUUUAUUUGGACGGUGAAAUAUUCGAGCUCCCUAAAAUGGUUUCAAGAUGAAGUUGGAAAGCUUCAAGACUCGCCUUUAGUCAAUCUAUUUGUUCACAUAUCGCAGGACGAUUUAACCAGCCAUGAUUCUAGCAGAGGAACAUCUCCUGUUGGUAGUGACAUGGAGAAAGGCAAGGAUGCCAUGCGUUCAUUGGAAAAUCCGUCUUGUAUCCGGAAAGGAAGACCUGAUAUUUCAGAAUUUGUUGCGAGCGGUAUAGCGUGCUGUCCUCUACAAUACAAAGUUGGGAUAGGUGCCUGUGGGCCUAUGAAAAUUCUCGAAGCCACACGACGAGCAGCUUCGCAAAAAGUCUUUGAUGAUGGCCCGUCUAUUACGCUGCACAUUGAGGAAUUCGAAUGGUGA